UUGAGGUUUUGUAUUUUUCCUUUUGCUAAUUUCCAUAAAUUUUUUUCUAAAAGCAAUCAGUGCUUCUGUAAGAAUCUGAACAUCGUUUGUGCAAUAUUCGGCCAAUGCUUCGUCCAAACAAAACUGCUGACUUUUCUCUUCUUCAUACCAGUUAUCGAAUUCAUUCUGUUUUUCGGGUCGCAUUCCUUCAUAUAAAUAAUCAGAUUUUGGAGGUAAUUGUUGCAGUGUUCUCCCAUAAUUUUCUGAGAUGUUUGCCAAAUGUGGAAAAAAUUGUUUUUCAGUUACUUGCAGUCCAAAUGCCCCAAUCAGCUUCCCCAAGGCGACUGGACAGAGAUUAUACGAGUCACGAAAUAUAACUUCAUUGCAUUUGUUGUUGCGAGGAAUUUUCAGUUCAUAAAGCUUAUUACCUCGACGAAUCAUUGACGGGACAACUCCUUUCAAAUAUAUUUCUCUGAAUACCAUCACCAUAUCAUAACGCCCUCCAUUGUGUGAAAAUGCCAUAGUUGAAUAUUGAGUGUUAAGUUCAAAAAGAAUCCAUUGAAUAAAUUCUCUGAGUGGUGUUUGUGUAACAACUUGUUUAUCAACUUUUGUUUGAGAGUAUGGACGAUGUGAAAAUGUUAUUGAGCGAUUGUUUCCACAGAUUAUGCAACUCUUUCCAUUUUGUUUCAAGGGUGAACGCCAUAUUUUUCCGUCUUCCAUGCAUCUUGUGCAUGUUACUGUGGCGGCAAUGAAAUUUACUUUGUG